UCAUUAUAUCGGUUAAAUUUACGAACUCAUGCAAAGAUGACAAGUAGGCAACUGAUAUUGAUAUAGUCGGCCAAGCUAGCAGCAGGAGGGCUACAUCGCAUCAGUCCGGCUUGUAGAGUUGUUGAAGUACGACGGGUGCUAGUUAUCUACGUUAUCGAUAAAACGGAAUUUUGAUAGAAAAUCAAAAUGUCGAAGAUCAAGGUUGGACCCGUUGUUGACAUCCUUGGUGAUGAGAUGACCAGGAUUAUCUGGGAUCUCAUCAAGGACAAGCUCAUAUUGCCCUUCUUGGACAUCGAGCUGCACGUUUAUGAUCUUGGUAUGGAAAACCGUGAUAAGACUGACGAUCAGGUGACAAUUGAAUGUGCUGAGGCAAUCAAGAAGUACAACGUCGGUAUCAAAUGCGCGACCAUCACUCCUGACGAGAAAAGAGUAGAAGAAUUCAAACUGAAGAAAAUGUGGAAGAGUCCUAAUGGUACCAUCCGUAACAUUCUUGGCGGUACUGUCUUCAGGGAAGCCAUUAUUUGCAAAAACAUUCCUCGUCUCGUAACUAAUUGGGAAAAGCCUAUUAUCAUCGGCCGUCACGCUCAUGCUGACCAGUACAAAGCCACUGACUUCAUAGUACCUGGCGCUGGCAAACUUGAGCUUAUCUGGACUCCUCCAUCUGGAGAACCAAUUAGGCACGUUGUCAAUGAGUACAAGGGUGCUGGUAUCGCUCUUGGUAUGUUCAACACUGAUGCCUCCAUCAUCGACUUCGCUCACUCUUCGUUCAAGUUUGCCCUUGACAGGAAAUACCCACUUUACCUCAGCACCAAGAACACUAUCCUGAAAAAAUACGACGGACGCUUCAAGGACAUCUUCCAAGAACUUUAUGACAAGGAAUACAAAAAGCCGUUCGAGGCCGCUGGUAUUUGGUACGAGCACAGGUUGAUUGACGACAUGGUGGCCUACUCAAUGAAGUCAGAGGGUGGAUUCGUUUGGGCGUGCAAAAACUACGACGGAGACGUUCAGUCAGACUCAGUCGCCCAGGGCUACGGUUCCCUUGGUCUCAUGACAUCCGUUCUCAUUUGCCCUGACGGCAAGACCGUAGAGGCUGAAGCCGCUCACGGUACUGUAACAAGGCAUUUCAGGUUCUACCAGCAAGGAAAGGAGACAUCCACCAACCCCAUUGCUUCAAUCUUUGCAUGGACCAGGGGUCUUCUGCACCGUGCCAAGUUAGAUAACAACACUGAACUACGCAACUUCGCUGAGACUUUAGAAAAGGUCUGCAUUGACACAAUCGAAUCGGGCAUUAUGACCAAGGAUCUUGCUGUUUGCAUUAAGGGCUUGAAAAACGUCAAGAGGGAGGACUACUACGAAACCUUCGAGUUCAUCAACAAGCUCGCUGAAAAUCUAAAGAAGAGUUUGGGUAAAUGACUACCCUCAGAAAAAAAGUUUUGUAACCUGUGAACAUUUCUUACCAAUCAAUAUUUACGUAUGAAUUUAUAACAUGUCACAAGGGAAUGAGGGUAUUUUAUUUAAACCUAAUUUAUAGCUAUCAUUCUAAUUUAUUGUAAUAAAUGCAUUUUUCAAUUAA